GUUGUUUAUCGGGUGUUGCGGUCAUUUACACUCGACCGGCCCAACUAUGAAAGUCAGCGGCUUAUCCUACUUCGUUCCGGAAAUGGAGAUACUCUUAUUCCGUAUCUCAAAGACUAUUUUGGAUAGGGCGUUCAUACAGUAUAUGUUCGAACGUCUGUGUUUUUAUUUGUACCAUAGUUCAGAAUGUAGUAAUAUGGGCAGGUUUACGGAAAUGUAUCAGGAUGAGGCUAAAGCCGUCGACAAGUCAAGAGCUCUUUAUAUAAUUAUCUAUAGAGUUUUAUUAGGCAUACCACCAUUCUUUCUUGGUUUUGUUUGUGGUGCGUGGAGCGAUAAGAUGAUUGGAAGGAAAUUGCCGAUGAUUAUAUCUUGUUUAGGUAAUUUUAUAGGAGCGUACGCUAUCAUGCUCGAUCCCUUCGUUAAUUUACCAUUACCUAUGGUGUUGGCUUUUUGCGGGGUGGCUCUAACUGGUGUACUGGGACAAACGUUCCUAAUGACAAUGGCUUGUUAUAGUUACGCGGCCGAUGUUACAACGAGUGAGAAAAGAACAAAGAAAUUUGACAUGUUACAAGCUAUGCAAUACGUUGGCUCAUUAAUUGGUUCUCUUAUUCCAGUGUUCAUAUCCGCAAAAUGGGGCAGUGAUUUCAUGUUUAAUAUCGUAAUGGCUCUAUCAACUUUAGGAAUAAUGAUAGCCAUCUUCCUAGCCGACGAGACGGUGGAUACGAAAGGUCUUACCGAAUCAUCAAAACACUAUCUAGUGUCUUUCGAAACGGUUAAGGAUACGGUUAAGAGUCUGAUAAGGAAUAGAUCCAGCUACUCUAGGUGCAUGCUUAUCAUUUUCUUCUUUUCAAAAUUAAUUUUUGUUAUGGGAAUCGCAUCAACCGGCGAUUUAGUUCAACAAUUUACAUCUAGAAAACCGAUGCUUUGGACGCUAAAGGAAUACUGCAAGUGGUUAUCGAUCUACUAUGGAUCGAUGGGCCUAUCGGCUAUCUUCAUUCUACCUAUUGUCCAAUAUUUCUUCAAGUUAUCUGACAUGUGCGUCGUUGUUAUAGGCUUAUUUAUAAAAACUAUACAAAUGAUAUGUAUGUGGCUCUUUAUGACCGAUUGGAGGAUUUUGUUUGCAGUUACUGCAGUUGGUUCGCUAAGCGCUACGGUAGCUAGUACACUUAAAUCUGCAAUUAGUAAAUUGGUGGACGAAGAUGAAGUUGGAAAGGUGUUCUCUCUCCUAACUUGUUGUGAAGUUGCCUCAAGUAUGCUAGGUCAAUCUAUCUUACAAAUGGUUUAUAGAGAAACUAUAAAAAGUUCUCCGGAAUUGGUCUUUCUUCUAAUAGGAGCGAUAUUCGGUGGAAAUUUUAUAGUUAGUUUACUUUUAUGGUUUUUUGUUGGUUCGAAAAAGAAUUUGGAGAAGAGUUUCAAUAGAGAAGAAACAGAAUCUUUAAUCAGACCCAGCGAUUCUCCAAAGUAA